CAGCAAUUCAGAUUUCUCGGUUUUUGACCAAUCACGGCUGAGGCUCGUAGUAUAAAAAACCCGUCGCAUGGCCUCGACAGCGACGUCCGCGCUCGAGGCGCAGCGCCGCCGGCUCCUCGCCGAGCGCGACAAGAUGCGCUCCAAGGCCAAGCCCCGCGCAGCCUCGUCCUCGUCCGCGCCGCCGCCCUUUCUGCAGCCGCGCACGCUUUCCGCCGGCCCGCCCGGCCUCUCGAUCGGCGACACCGACGACGCGCCGUCGCAACCCGACCUCAAACUGUUUGUCGACCACCUCUUGCCGGCAACGACGCCUAGCCAUGGCUUACGGCCGCCGUCCAUGGCUCUCUUAGACCGCGCUGGCCAUGCGCUCUGCUUUCAGCGCGAUGCGUUCGUUGCGUGGGUUCUCCAGUACAUGCACGCGCUCCCCGUGUCGAUGGCGGUCAAGCGGUCGCCGCCGCCAGUCCUACUCACGCAUCUCGUGCGCGCGCAGCUCGUCUCGGAGAUUGGCGAUGGCUGGUAUAGCCUCCGCGCGUCGCCCACCGAGGUUGCGUGUCCGAUGCCUACCAAGGCCGUCCUUGCGCAGCAGCUGCUCGAGAUGGACGUGGCCAAGGAACUCGCACGCGACAUCACCGUCGUGCUGCAGCCACCGUCCGCAAGUGACGAAGCAAUGCGAGACGACAUUCCACAGCUCACGUUUGGCCUCCGCAUUUCGCUCCGGGACACAACUUGGACCGUCCAGCGCUGCAUUGGCCAGUUUGCCCGCAUGUACGCCAAGGCGCGUGAGUGCAUGGACCUGCCGCCGUUCGCAGGCGUCCACCUUGAACACACUCGGCUCGUCGACGUCUUUGCGGAGCUCAACGGCAUCUUGCAGCGCGUCGUGCGGGCGCCGGGGCCCUAUGCGCACGCUGACUUUACGGCCUUCUUUGACAAUGGUCUCGGGUACCUCGCGCUCUUGACGCACGCCAAACCCCUUCACGACCGACUCGAGAUGAACGCGACGACGAUCGCCAAGCUCACUGGUCAGCUCAAGCAGCUCGAGGCGACUGUCGGCCGGCAGUCGACGCUGAUCCAUACCUUAUCAAGCUCCAAGCCUGCGACCGCGACCAAGUCGUUUAGCGCGUUCGAGUCGAAUGCGUUUCCUUCGCUGCUGCUGCCGUCCAGCGGCGACACGUACUCGUCUUGCGCCGUCUGGGAAAACACGACCAAUGGGCUCUUCUCGGCGUCGCGGCACUCGAUGCACGGGCCGUCAACGUCGAUGGCGGCGUGCGCGGCCACCGCAGCGUGCGCGUGGGUACCGUCCAACACGCUGCCGUGCGCCGUCGACAUGCGGCUCGGACGCAUCGUGUCGAUGUUGGCACCGACGCCCAGCGCGGUCUGCCACCGGCUCAAGGCAUGCAACGUCGUCGCGUGCAUGGUCAAGCGCGUCCUGGGCGCCCAAGCGUUUGUGUCGGGCGUCUCGGCCGCGCGCAUGUUUCUGCCCGACUGCCAGCUCAAGAUGAGCGUCUUCUUGCCGCCACAGCACGCUACGACGCCAAGCGACAAGCCGCUAUGGUACAUGAAGCUCAACGAAGCGCUUUGCGUCGCGUCGUCGAGUGCGCCGUGUGCGGACGACCUCAUGAUUCGCAACGUCGAGCUGGUUCACGACGCGAGUGCGCCCAAGCUCCGGUGCUGUGUCGGGAAGGUCUCGGUGCUCAUCGACUAUGGCGCCGUCCACGACGUGCGCAAUGCGUGUUUCCUCGAGGCCAUGGACCGUCUCAUUGGCAAGAACCACCUCUUCAAGCGCAGUGUCCUCCUCGCGCAAGGCUGGCUGGUCUACGAGAGCGGUACGAACGUCUCAAUCACCGACUAUAAGCUCUCGGCGCUGCUCUCGACGCAUACGGUCGCCGUGCUCAUGCUCUACGUCUUCAACCUCUUCCACACGUCGCUGCACCACCCGCUCCAGGCCGUAGGGCGCUUCUUUGGCACGUACAGCUCGUUUCCGUGGGACGACUUUUGCGUCUCGAUCGAUGGGCCGCGCGACCUCGGAUGCAUCUUGAAGGCGCCGAAGCCGCCGUGCCACGCCCGGGAUUUGCUCUUGCAGCCCGCGACGCUGCAAGAGUUUCGGUCCUGCCACCUCGCCACGGACGCGCCCGAGGAGUACGAGGCGGAGAUGCAUAACAAGAUGCUGCAGUUCGAGGUCAAAUAUUUCAACGUCAUGGACCCACUGGACCCCGCUUCGAACCUCGGUGGCAACGUCACGGCGAAAGAAGCCGCGACAAUCCGCACGGCGUUCGACCAAGGCGCCAGCAAGAUGCACCAAGUGCUCCUGGCGCUUAAGAAAGAAAUGAGCUCGUCGAUUUCGACGUCGCUCGGGUCCAGCUCGAGUGUGUCGCUCCUCGAUACGUGUUUUCCCAACAUUUGGAAGCGGUUCCAGUGCGGGUGGCGACCCGACAGCGCCGCGACCAACUUGGAGACGACCGACAGCGCCAUCUCGAACGACGUCAUGAUGAGUCUUGCGUCGCUCGGGCUCGGUGCCCCAGCGACGACGACGACACCCGAGGCGGAAGAAAGCAUCGAUCCGCUCUGCGGUGACGAAGAUGCGCUGCGAUGCCAUGUGCUCAUGUGCGACUUUUUGCUCCAGGGGCACGUGACGCCGCACGCUGUCUUCACCAAGACCGUGGCGAUUCUCAACGAGAAGGGUCCGCUCCCGAUCGGUGAGAUCGGCAAGUGUCUCCAGGACGCCACCGCCAACUCGACGCUCUCGGUGGCCCUCAAGGAGCAGUUUGGCGGGCUCAAAAAGUUCCUGGAGCAAUACCCAGCCGACUUUAUCAUUUCCGACGACCACCCGUUCAACCCCAAGGUGUAUGUGCAGAGUCACCUCUUGGACGAAAACCGAGCGACGUGUGAGCAAAACAAAAAGAAACACAAGUGUUCGCGCCGAAAGAAGGCGCCGAAACCCGACGCUCCAAAGCCCACCAAAGUGCCAAACGCGAGCGCGCCGGUGUUUGUGCCGUCGGGUGUCGAGUCGAGCCUGAAGCUCGAGUCACCCGCCUUUGUGCCCAAGCAACAGCCACCCGUCGGCCUCUCACGGUAGCCGCCAACAAUUCGAGACUUGGCAGCACAGCCUAUUUAUUUUUUAUAAAACACAGCUGUCGCGUGCCUGUGUCCUGUGCUUACAACACGUCAACCGACCCACGAAAGUUCGUCA